AAUGCAUUUUAGGUGGAUGGAAGUUACCCCUACAAAAUUUCAGGGGUGAUGUGGUUGGUCGCAUGGGCUCCACUCACUGCUACGAGUGACAUCAACCCUGAAGGAAUGAUGCAGCCGCCACCACGUGUUUGCAUGGCUUGGCGAGGAACCCGUCGUAGGGCGAUCCGUGGAGCCGAAACAACGCGAGGGUGGUUCCGGUCGCCCGUCUCUCCCUCUUCUUGCUCCUCGUCCUCCAGGUAUCAAUGAAUGAACGAAUGGCGCUGCCCCCACUUCGCUCCGCUCCCCGCAACGCGCCCGACACGUAUCAGUUGGAGCCUCGAGCGACAGAUGGCGAAGGGAGUCACCGGGUUCAGCGGCGGGCCACAGGACUCCGCCCCACCCCCUCCCCCUCCGCCUCCUAUAAGUGAACGCAUCCCCUCCCUCGCUUUCCUCACCGCCUAUGAAGCAGUAGUGAGAGCGCAGAGAAUAAGAGCAAGGAGAGAGGACGAACAAAGUAGUAGCCCAUGCCUCUCCUGCUCUCCCCGUACCUCUUCCAGUAGCUCUCGGCCUCCAACAACCAGCACAACUUUGCACAGAAACCUAAAAAAACAAAUAGCACAAGAUGGCGACCGCCGGCGGUGAUGGCUCCAUCUCCCUGGAGCAGAUCAAGAACGAGUCGGUCGACCUGGAAAGAAUCCCGGUGGAGGAGGUGUUUGCGCAGCUGAAAUGUAGCCGCGAGGGGCUCUCCUCUCCCGAAGGGGAGCAGCGGCUCCAAAUCUUUGGCCCUAACAAGCUCGAGGAGAAAACGGAGAGCAAGUUCCUCAAGUUCUUGGGCUUCAUGUGGAACCCGCUCUCUUGGGUCAUGGAGAUCGCCGCCAUCAUGGCCAUCGCGUUGGAUAACGGAGGGGGUGAGCCACCAGAUUGGCAGGACUUCAUUGGAAUCGUUGUCCUCCUCCUCAUCAACUCCACCAUCAGCUUCAUCGAGGAGAACAACGCUGGAAACGCCGCCGCAGCCCUCAUGGCUGGCCUCGCUCCCAAGACUAAGGUGUUGAGGGACGACAAGUGGUCCGAGCAGGAGGCGGCUAUCCUCGUCCCCGGCGAUAUCAUCAGCAUCAAGCUCGGUGACAUCAUCCCGGCCGAUGCCCGCCUCUUGGAGGGCGAUCCUCUCAAAAUCGACCAGUCUGCUCUCACCGGCGAGUCCCUCCCCGUGACGAAGCACCCCGGCGACGAGGUCUUCUCGGGUUCCACCUGCAAGCAAGGCGAGAUCGAGGCCAUCGUCAUCGCCACCGGCGUCCACACCUUCUUCGGCAAGGCCGCGCACCUCGUCGACAGCACCAACAACGUGGGUCACUUCCAGAAGGUGCUGACGGCCAUCGGAAACUUCUGCAUCUGUUCCAUCGCCAUCGGUAUGAUCAUCGAGAUCAUCGUCAUGUACCCCAUCCAGCACCGGAGGUAUCGCGACGGCAUCGACAACCUCCUGGUCCUGCUCAUCGGUGGCAUUCCGAUCGCCAUGCCCACCGUGCUGUCGGUCACCAUGGCCAUCGGAUCCCACCGGUUAUCAGAGCAGGGAGCCAUCACCAAGAGGAUGACCGCCAUCGAGGAGAUGGCUGGCAUGGACGUGCUCUGCAGCGACAAGACCGGCACGCUCACCCUCAACAAGCUCACCGUCGACAAGAGCUUGAUCGAGGUGUUUGUGAGUGGCCUGGAUAAGGAUUCGGUGGUGCUGUAUGCUGCAAGGGCGUCUAGGGUUGAGAACCAGGACGCCAUCGAUGCUUCCAUUGUUAACAUGCUGGCUGACCCUAAGGAGGCACGUGCAGGGAUCCAGGAAGUCCAUUUUCUGCCAUUUAAUCCAGUCGACAAGCGCACUGCCAUCACCUACAUCGACUCCAAUGGCAAGUGGCACCGAUCAAGCAAGGGCGCACCUGAGCAGAUCAUCGACCUCUGCAACCUGAGAGAUGAUGCGAAGAAGAAGGUCCACAGCAUGAUCGACAAGUUCGCCGAGCGCGGUCUUCGCGCUCUCGGUGUGGCGAGGCAGGAGGUUCCCGAGGCCAACAAGGAAAGCGCCGGCGGUCCGUGGCAAUUCAUGGGCCUGUUGCCCCUCUUCGACCCUCCAAGGCACGACAGUGCCGAGACCAUCCGCCGUGCCCUCGACCUCGGCGUCAACGUCAAGAUGAUCACCGGCGACCAGCUUGCCAUCGGCAAGGAGACUGGGCGCAGGCUUGGCAUGGGAACCAACAUGUAUCCUUCCUCGACCCUUCUUGGCGAGAAGAACGACGACGUCAGUGGCCUCCCCAUCGACGAGCUCAUCGAGAAGGCCGAUGGGUUUGCCGGAGUCUUCCCUGAGCACAAGUAUGAGAUCGUGAAGAGGCUGCAGGACAGGAAGCACAUCUGCGGCAUGACAGGGGACGGCGUCAACGACGCACCGGCGCUGAAGAAGGCGGACAUCGGCAUCGCGGUGGCGGACGCGACGGACGCGGCGCGCAGCGCGUCGGACAUCGUGCUGACGGAGCCCGGGCUCAGCGUCAUCGUCAGCGCGGUGCUGACAAGCCGCGCCAUCUUCCAGCGCAUGAAGAACUACACCAUCUACGCCGUCUCCAUCACCAUCCGUAUCGUGCUCGGCUUCAUGCUCAUCGCCCUCAUCUGGCGCUUCGACUUCUCCCCCUUCAUGGUUCUUAUCAUCGCCAUCCUCAACGACGGCACCAUCAUGACCAUCUCCAAGGACAGGGUGAAGCCUUCCCCCCUGCCCGACUCAUGGAAGCUCCGGGAGAUCUUCGCCACCGGAAUCGUCCUCGGCACCUACCUCGCCCUGAUGACCGUCGUCUUCUUCUGGCUAGCUCACGACACCGACUUCUUCCCCGAAAAGUUCGGCGUUAAGCCGAUCAGAGACAACCUCAAUGAGUUGACGGCAGCACUCUACCUGCAAGUGAGCAUCAUCAGCCAGGCGCUCAUCUUCGUCACCAGGUCGCGGAGCUGGUCCUUCGUCGAGCGGCCCGGCCUGCUGCUGGUCACCGCAUUUAUCGCCGCCCAGCUGGUGGCGACGGUGAUCGCGGCGUACGCAUCAUGGGGGUUUGCCAGGAUUCAGGGCAUCGGGUGGGGAUGGGCAGGGAUCAUCUGGCUCUUCAGCUUGGUCACCUACUUCCCUCUCGACGUCCUCAAGUUCAUCAUCCGCUACACGCUCAGCGGCAAGGCCUGGGACAACCUUCUCGAGAACAAGACGGCAUUCACCACGAAGAAGGAUUACGGGCGGGGCGAGAGGGAGGCGCAGUGGGCUCUGGCGCAGCGCACCCUGCACGGCCUGCAGCCGGCGGACACCCCCGGACUCUUCAAUGACAAGAGCAGCUACAGGGAGCUGUCGGAGAUCGCGGAGCAGGCAAAGAAGCGCGCCGAGGUUGCCCGGCUAAGGGAACUGCACACGCUUAAAGGCCACGUCGAGUCGGUCGUGAAGCUCAAGGGAUUGGACAUUGAGACGAUACAGCAGCACUACACCGUAUAAAGCAAAGCAUAUAUAUAAAUAUAUAUAUGCAUAAAGAGACAUGAAAGUGCUGUUUUUUCUAUUUGUAUGCGUGGAGAUUAUGUGACGUCUUAUGAUAUGCCAGACUAAAUUGAUCGAUCUUACUAGGAAACAUUUAUUUACUUGCCUGAUGUUGGCGUGUGUUAAU